AUGAACGCCAACCGCGCCAACCCUUUCAACUCUCCCCCAUCCUCUACUGGCUCCCACGGCACCGUCACCAUGUCGUCGCUCUUUUCCGAACCAGAGGGCGAAUCAACGCGAAGGCUCAACGAGGAUAUUGCCCGAGUCACCGCUCCGAAAAAGCUCCCUGUCAAUUGGGAUGCUGCCCAUCGCAAGUGGCCCGAAUACUUCUCCAAACCCAAAACAAACAACCAACCGCCAGUCUCGGACGACACCACCGACACACGACCUUGGCACACUCGGUGUAAAGAAAACAAACCACCCGCGGUUUCCGCCGUCAAGUUCACGCUCGAAGAUUCUACCCAGGAUAUUUGGCCGGGCACACGCAAGACGCGUGCUGUGAUGCAGGCGCGCGUCGAUGACGAAUCCGAUAUGCCAUCCAUACUUGACACGACACCUGCCAGGCCAACGUCGCACUAUGGUGCCCCCAAGUCGCAGCAGAACCAAAGCCCCAUGUCCAAAGUUCACACCCGGGCCCCCUCAGAACCUGUUUCAAAACAACGCUCGUCAUCGGUAACCGAUGCGCUGAACCGCCUACAAAGAGCAUCCCUCAGCCCCCGAGAUCUCAACCAGGAAUCCCCUCACAUGUCGUCAGCCAAGUCCAGCUUGACUGCUGUGCCUCCGUCACCGGCCUCCAUCGCGAGUCCUGGUCACAACACGUCUAAUGUACGGUCUUUUUUUAUGCCUGACAUCUCUCAUCUCGGGGACUUCGUAACCGGCACACUCAAAUUUAGUGGGUCGAUGAAGAACGGUGUGCCCAUCUUCGUUAAGCAUGGCAGGGUUCAUGAUCGCCAGGAGAAGCCGAUUGCUGGUGCUCAUGCCCAGGUUGAUGGCAUCAAAGUUCCCCAUGAUGAGGAGAAAAUCUUUGUUUCCAUGGAUAUGAUUCGGGAAGAGAUUGUGUCCUUGCAAGCAGCACAUGAUAAAGUGCAGGAAUAUGCAGAGGGCUUGCAGCUCCAAGUCGAGAGACUCGAAGCCCAGCUCAGGCACGGCAAAGUCCCAGGCGGCUACAAUGAGAGCGGCAAGUUUACCGCCGAGAGAAAUAGACUGGAGCUGGAAGUUGCCACACUGCAAGCUCGCUUGGAUGAGGCUUCACGCAAAUUGAGCACAAACACGAUUGAAAGCGAGUCUGUUGCUCAUGAGCGAGACAGAGCCAUCAGCAGACUCCAAGAUGCUUGUGACGACAUUAGCAAACUCACCCGGAAACUGAGCGUGCGAGAAAAGGAGCUGUCUACUUCCCAGAAGCAGUUGGAAUCGUCAGAGCAGAUGCGACAGGGCAAUGACGCUCUGCGCCGUGAUCUUGUUUCUCUCAAGCAUAGCCGUGAUGCCCUGGAGCUGGACAAUGUGUCCCUUCGAAAGGACAAUGAAACACUUCGGAAAGAACAAAAGCGCUUGCGAGACGAGGUUGACUCUCUACGUUCUGCUAGGGGUGGUCAGGAUGACGAUAUGCUUCAGGCCAAGAUUAUGUCUCUCCAAUCUAGCAACGACAGGUUGACGGAAGAAAAUGAAGACCUGCGCGAGAAUCUUGAUGGAGCCCACCAUGAGCUUGAUGCUGCACGCGAAGAGAUGGAUUCCCUCCGAAGCAAAGUCGAUUCCGUUAUUCAGGAGAAGUCGGCUCUUCAAGAAGACAAUGAGAGCCUCGUUCGUCACAAUGACAAGUACUUCAACGAAAACAAGCUACUUCGCCGCGAAAACUCUGGUUUUGAGCGCAGCGUCCGUGACCUCCAUGAGGAGAAUUUGAAAAUGAAGGAGGAAGUCGACUUUCUCAAGCAGCAGCUUGACCACUGCAGGCCUCCUCACAACGACGAUGCUUCUGGUCGCAUCGAGGAGAAGACUGAGGAAAACAUGACUUCGGCAUACUUUGUGCCCGACAUUACCGUCAGGACAAAUGACUCUCGCCCAGGUGGGGGAGAUACAGAGACCAAAGAUAUGCCAACGCUCCCUGAAGUGACCUCGCAUGGCUACACCUUGGAGCAGGGAGCACGCGAGGUGCCCAGACUCGCCAGUCAUAGCAGGCAGCAGCGAUCCGAAAGCAGACCGCGCACGGCAUCCAAAGGCGUGGCCUUUUCCAUUCCCGAAAAGUCUGCUCCUCGGAACAAGAGCAGCAGCAACAUGGCGAACCAGGGCAGCAAACGUCGGCAGGCCGACGAGCCUCAUGGCGAGGUUCCCUCGGCAGCACUCGACCUGGAUCUGACGAACGAGAUGGACGACACGGGAGGUUUGCAAUCCGAGGAUUACACGAACCAAGAUGCUGCAAUUUCCCUCAAUCUCUCCAUGAAGGACGCGCGGUUUGUGCCGCACAAUCGCGACUUGACAAGCCAGAGCAACGCGUCUCGACGUGGAAGCAGCAAUACGCGGCCAGCACAGAAGCACAUUGUACAAGUCGAAGACGCCACCAAGGAACCCGACAGAUCCAACAGUCACGACUCUUGUCCCGCCCUAUCGACCGAGGCCCGUCGGGUCCUGGAUGGUCUGUGCAAGCAUAGCUGCCGAAACUGCAUAGUGUGCAGUCGCAUCACGUCCCACGGCGGCGUCGUGUCUUCCGCGGAGGCCGCCUCGGGCAAGAAGCGUGUCAACGUUCCACGCCCUGUCCCCGUCACGGACCGCAACAUGACUGGGGAGGACCUGACAAUGCGUCCCUCGCAGCCGCCUGGCCACGCGCUGGCGCUCGUCAUCAAGGGACUGGAGGACGAAGCCGAGCAUUUGCAGCUGCAUCUCACGCGCCUGCAGUCAGAGUACAACCGCAGCGACAAGGCUACCGGCCGUCGCGAUCGGCUCCGUCUUGCCGAAUCCAUCCGGGUGAACCUGAAGCGCAUGGAAGUCAAAAACGACCAGAUCUACAGCCUGUAUGAUGUUUUGGAGGGACAAAAGGCCGCCGGGCAGGCCAUGACGGAGGAAGAGGUUGAAAUGACGGUGCUCAAUAUCACCGGCAUGACCGUGCGCGACGUCACGCAAAUGAGCGAGCAACUCACGUGGGAGGGAAUCCAAGAGACUGCAUGA